AUGAAUGAAGAAUCGAAGCUUCCCUUGGACUUUCAUUUGAACGAAGAUGAAUUAACCAACGAAGCCAAACGUCUAUUUCCAUUCUAUACAGAAAUCAUCGAAUCUUUAAAUUAUAAUGCUGAAAGAAUACUUAACAAUACUUUUAUACCAAUCAGACAAAAAUAUAUUAUCUGCUCAAAAUUAAGUCAAAGUUACAACAAUGUUAAAAAUGUAUUGAACUAUUUAUCAACUAAACCACUGAAAACAAAACAAAAAGUCAACGAAUUUCCAAUGAUUGUUAUUGCUGGCCUGCCUCGAACUGGUACAACAUUAUUACAUAAUCUGAUGGCUUGUGAUCCAUCAUGUCGUGCUCCGCUAAUAACUGAUAUGGUCCAUGAAACAAUACCACCGAUUCCACGAUCAAAUACUGAUGAACACAGACGUCGAGCAAAACUUAUAGAAGAUACUGAAACUAAAGCAUACGCGACUGCCAAAUACGACCAUAAAAAGUUUCUAAAGAAUUUCUCUGCAUCACAUGCUUUAUUUCCUCAUGAGGAAGAUACUAGACUACUACGGCAAGUUGGUGUCGAUUUUUUCAAUGUCAUUUCUGCAUUUAAAGAUACAGAUUUCACCGAAUGGUUUAUCAAUCAAAAAAAUAAAGAUUUCUGCUAUCAAUAUCAUCAAACUGUUCUACAAAUGUUACAUGAUGUCGAUCCACCUCGCACACAUUGGCAAUUAAAAACUCCGCAGCAUACACUCUGGAUGGAUACAUUACUUAAAUAUUAUCCUCAAGCAUCAAUUAUCAUGUCUCAUCGUCGUCUUGAUCAAGUGAUACCAUCGAUACAUCGUCUAGGUUUUUCCAGUAUUGCUCAUUUCUAUGAUGAAGAAGACUCAACUAAUCUGAAGUUGAACUUAGAAGAAACGCUGUCAACAAUAAAUGAUACCUUUAUACAUCGUCUUAUAGAAUUUCAUCGUCACCAAUCAUCCACAAAGCAUAUUUUCGAUAUUCAAUAUGAAGAUUUAAUGAAAGAUCCUAUUGGUACUGUGCGUCAUAUUUAUGAUCAUUUUGAUUUUCUAGAAUGGUCUGACGAAUUUGAAGAAAAAAUGCGUGCAUGGUUGAUCGAGAAUCCACAAGGCAAACAAGGACGAAAUUCUUAUUCGUUGAGUGAAUUCCAUUUAGAAACACAAAUGGACAAACAAAUUUAUAAAGAUUAUGAAAAAAUGUUUCUUCGAGACAAGAACUAA